ACCGUCGUUGAACUGAGAAACAUGUCAGAAUCAGAAGUGACGAAAACCACACUGCUUCCCAGACAGCAGAUCGUGAUGGGACAUGCUGAUUCCUCGGCCGUCCAGAGCGUGGGCAAUGCCUCGCUGUCCGACCGUGGCCGCUGUACUCCACCGCGCACUCGUCCCAGCUGCGAGUCGGAGCUGGACCCGCCAGAGGUGCCACAGAAGCCAGCGGCAGCGGCAGCGGCAGCGGCAGCGGCAGCGGCAGCGGCAGCGGCAGCGGCAGCUGACAGGGUGAAGAGGAGACCGUACGUUCCGCCGAAGGUUCAGCUUGGAGCGUGGACCGGCCUUGACCGAGAGGUGCAGCUGAUGGAGGACAGCGACUACAUCAUCCGAGCGCACUCGGCAGCGGGCCCGGCACCCGUCUUGCUGCGAGGCGUCCCGAAGGUCCAACAGCGAGGACGACUGCAUGUCUGA